CAGUUAAGAGUGCUACGGUAGUUUUCAUGCUCCGUUAGCGUAAGUCUUUUUUUCACUCUCGCGGAACUGCUGUAGAUGUUAUAAGUAUUUGAGAAACAGGAGAAUGUUUUACUCUGAAUUAAAUGAUAAAUGAAUAAGUGACGGACUGAAGAUGGAGGAUGACGCACCGGUUAUUUACGGCCUGGAGUUUCAGGCGCGUGCUCUGACAGCUCAGACAGCUGAGACAGAUGCCAUCAGGUUUCUAGUGGGCACACAGUCACUCAAAUUUGAUAACCAGAUUCACAUCAUUGACUUUGAUGAUGAGAAUAAUAUGAUUAAUAAGAGCGUCCUCCUGCACGAUGCUGGUGAGAUAUGGCACAUCAGCGGCAGUCCUGCAGACAAGGCAGUGCUGACCACGUGCUACAACAAGACGUCUGAGAGUCGAGUGCUCACAUGUGCAGCAGUGUGGAGGAUGCCCCCGGAAUGGGAAUCAGGCAGCCACGAGUCCCCCGAUGAUUCAUCAAACAACCCGCAGACCUUGGAGCUUCUCUGUCACCUUGACAACACGGCCCACGGCAGCGUGGCCUGUGUAUUAUGGGAGCCUAUGGGUGAUGGGAAGCGUGUGAUAUCUCUGGCUGAAAACCACGUGCUGCUCUGGGACCUUCAGGAGAGCUCCACCAAGGCCACGAUCUCGAGCAGUGCCACUCUGGAGGGCAAAGGGCAGCUGAAGUUCACAGCAGGCAAAUGGAGCCCACAUCACAACAGCACACAGCUGGCCACGGCCAAUGACACGGCUAUCCGAGGCUGGGACCUGCGGAGUAUGAGUCAGAUCUACUGCAUUGAAAACGCUCAUGGGCAGCUGGUGCGGGAUUUGGACUUCAACCCCAACAAGCAGUAUUACCUGGCCAGCUGUGGCGACGACUGUAAAGUCAAAUUCUGGGACGUGCGUCACAUCAACGAGCCCGUCAAGUGCCUGGAGGAGCACUCUCACUGGGUGUGGAGUGUGAGGUACAAUCACUCUCACGACCAGCUGCUGCUCACCGGCAGCAGCGACAGCAGGGUCAUCCUGUCCAACAUGGUGUCCAUCUCCUCAGAGCCGUUUGGACACCUGGUGGACGACGACGACCUCAGUGACAAUGAGGAGAACCAGCAGGAAGACAAGGGGAAAGAGCCCCUGCAGGACAGCAUCAUUGCCACUUAUGAAGAGCAUGAGGACAGCGUGUAUGCAGUGGAGUGGUCUGCUGCAGACCCCUGGCUAUUUGCCUCCCUCAGCUAUGACGGCCGGCUGGUGAUUAACAGAGUCCCUCGAGCCCUCAAAUACCGCAUCCUACUGUAGAGCAGGAUAAACUCACAUUCCCAGCUUCUGCAGACAUGGACAAGUGAAAUCCUGUUUCGACUUCAUAUGGGACUGGUUGAGUAAACUAUAUCGUGUCAGACGUCUGCAGCAGCUGUACUGUUACUCCUUACUGUACUUGUGUGCUGAUUUCCCAACACCUGAUGAUUUAUUGAGCUCAUCAACACCCACAUUUGUUAAUAUGAACGCAGAUAUCGGUGUUCUUGUGUUUUUGCGUGUUCUGUUUGGUGCUGAGGGAAAUCAGAACCCUGAAGAUUAAUUAUGAUUAUGUGUCUUAUCAUGUAUGCUGUAACAAAAGCAAUGCUCUGUGGAGCUGUCAGAGAAAGCCUAAUUACCCCUGUAUGUUUCCCAUAAAACAGCUUUAAUUAAAGAGCAAGAUUUGA